ACAGAAGAGAAAGGGAAGUGUUAAAGUGUAAUUUAAGCAAUCAAUUUAGUACAUAAAUAGUUAGUAUCUCCUUAAUUAAUUUAACCUAUAAAAUAAAUAAUCAAUUAUUGAAUCGGUGAAAAAGAAGAAUCCCUUGUAUUGAAGAAGAUUGAUUGAUGAUGCAGCCAUACGGAGAUGCAGAUUCCAAUUUGAGGUCCAUUGCCGGUCGUGCUGAGGGUUUCGGUCGCCUCGCCAUCGGUGGUCUCCACGGUGGUCUCUAUUUCGUUACCUCCCUUUCAGAUGAUGGUCCUGGUUCUCUUCGCGAAGGAUGUCGUAGAAAGGAGCCGCUAUGGAUUGUUUUUGAAGUUUCCGGUACAAUUAAUCUUUCAUCAUACCUGAGUGUGUCCUCUCAUAAGACAAUAGAUGGAAGAGGUCAGAGGAUUAAAUUGACUGGGAAAGGCUUAAGGCUGAAAGAAUGUGAUAACAUAAUUGUAUGCAACCUUGAGUUUGAGGGGGGCAGAGGUCAUGAUGUUGAUGGGAUUCAAAUCAAACCUAAUUCUAGGAAUAUUUGGAUUGACCGUUGCAGCCUCCGAGAUUAUGAUGACGGCCUUAUAGACAUCACAAGACAAAGCACAGAUAUCACUAUAUCUAGAUGUUAUUUUGCACAACAUGACAAGACCAUGCUAAUUGGAGCUGACCCAACACAUGUUGGUGAUAGAUGCAUCCGGGUGACGAUUCACCAUUGUUUUUUUGAUGGAACACGGCAAAGACACCCUCGUGUUAGAUUUGGAAAAGUUCAUCUGUACAACAAUUACACCAGAAACUGGGGAAUAUAUGCAGUUUGUGCUAGUGUUGAGUCCCAGGUGAUUAUAUACUCCCAAUGCAACAUAUAUGAGGCAGGAGAUAAGAAAAAGACUUUUGAAUUUUAUACGGAGAAGGCGGCAGACAAAGAAGAGCAGAAGUCCGGCUUCAUAACAUCUGAAGGAGAUAUGUUUCUGAAUGGUGCUCAACCAUUAUGCUUGCCAAUAGAAUCUAAAGGAGAAUCCAUGUUCCAUCCUAGUGAAUAUUACCCAACUUGGACAAUGGAAGCAGCUACACAUUCUCUUAGAGAGGUUGCCCAGUUUUGUACAGGUUGGCAGUCUAUUUGUAGGCCAGAUGGCCAAUAGACCAUAAUGUAUGAAGUCGAGUGUAAGAGGUUUUAUUUUUGGAAGAUACUGUAUCUAACAUGAUUAUUUUAUACUGUUUAAAUUUCAUCAUAAUGUUGUAUUAUUAUUUAUCAAGAUAUUACGACCUUUGUCCCUGAAUAUCUUUUGAGGAUUUUUCUUGUUCA